AUGUCUCGCGAUUACGGGGCUGCAAUCUCAGCCCUCAAUUCAUUGCAAUCUAAUUCCGCAAUAGUCAAGGAAUUCAACAAUCCCGAUACCAGACGUGCGCUCAAUCUUCGCUCUCUACCGGAGACUGUCGAAUGGCUUCGUCGCAUUGGGUACAAGCCUUCUGACUUGAACCGCUUUAACCCGAUUCAUGUUGCCGGCACCAAAGGCAAGGGCUCGACUUCGAGUUUUAUCUCCUCUAUUCUCUAUCAAUAUACGCCAUCGCAAACAUCCUCUCCCACACUCAGCAAAGUCGGACUUUACACUUCUCCCCAUAUGCGAUUUGCGCGCGAGCGGAUUAGAAUCAAUAACGAACCGCUUUCCGAGGAAAAAUUCGCCCAUUACUUUUUUGAAGUCUGGGACCGUCUCGAUGACGCUGCUCGAGUCGCCGGGGAGGACCCGAGCGACCUACAAACAAAACCUCAAUACUUCAGAUACCUGACUUUGAUGGCAUUUCAUGCGUAUCUCAGUGAAGGCGUGGAUGCCGCGGUCAUUGAAUGUGGAAUUGGCGGAGAAUAUGACUGUACCAAUGUCCUUGAGAAGCCGGCCGUCACAGCCAUCACAAGCCUAGGAAUCGAUCACGUUGCUCUAUUGGGGAAUACGAUUGAAGAGAUAGCAUGGCACAAGGGUGGAAUUAUAAAAUCUGGCACUAAGGCCUUGAGCGCGCCACAACCACCAACCGCCGAAAAGGUUCUGUGCGAUCGUGCUGCCGAAAAGAACACCGAGUUGGAAAUCGUAUCAAAUCACCCCGACCUGACUAAAGAUGGGAAUAUUAAGCUCGGUUUGGCGGGCGACUUUCAAUAUGGCAACGCUACACUGGCUGUCGCGGCUGCUGGUGAGCUCCUUCGAAAGGUCGGAAAACAGGAUAUCACCUCUAGCUUUAUGGAGAAGGCCUUACCCGUGGGGUUUCGCAAGGGGCUAGAACAGGCGCAGUUGGAGGGAAGAUGUCAAACCCGGCAUGAAAAGCAUGUCAGCUGGUAUAUCGAUGGUGGCCACACUCAAGAAAGCAUAAAGCUAGCUGGUCAAUGGUUUUCUUCACAAAUUUUGGCCAACUCUUCAUCGGAGGCCUCGGCAGCAAAGAAACUGCGGGUCAUGAUUUUUAAUCAACAGACCCGCGACAGCAACGCAUUGGCCCAAUUACUCUAUGACACCCUCAAGGCUGCCCUCAGCUCUGAAUCACCAUUCACCCAUGUGAUCUUCUGCACUAAUGUCACUUAUAAAGAAGCCGGUUAUCGACCGGAUCUUGUCAGCAUAAACCAGGAUGGUGCCGCCGUCGAAGCGCUCCAGGUUCAAAAGGGACUAGCGGAGAAGUGGAAUAGCAUUGAUCCUUCCGCAGAGAUCAAGGUCUAUAGCACUAUUGAAGAGGCGGUCGAUUUCACUAGGGAACUUGCGUCGAAGGAGCAAGGUCGCGUCCAGGGCGACGAAACUCCCAUCAUGACUUUCGUAACUGGAAGUCUUCAUCUCGUCGGUGGUUUCCUAGAUGUGAUCGAAACAAAGCCAAACGCCUGA